AUGAUUAGUACUCCUAAAUCUUAAGGUCAAAGUAGCUUUUUUGACUCUAAAUAGUAACAUAGCAACCUUAUUGUUAUGAAUCACAUGAUUUAAAGAGAACAUGGUUGGAAUGAUAGAAUAGUUGCUAAAGAAAUGACUCCUCAAUAUAGGAAACUAAAGGAAAGGCAUUUAGAAAAGAUCAACUAAGAUGGUUACUAUCCAAGAAGUUUUUCUAAUAAUUAGAUAAAUUAUCAUUCUCAGAAUUAAUUUCCACCUAAACCUUAAAGCUCAUUUUAAGUAGCUCCUUUAAGUGCAAUGAGUAAUACUUAUAGUCUACUUUCACCUAGAAAUCAGUAACUUUAAGCAUUAGAAAUUAAGAGAUAGGUUUUGAGAAAAUAUUAGCCUUAAGUUAAUUUACCUCAACACAUACACAUGACACAGUAUAGUCUUAAAAUGUAUUUAGAAGAAUUAUUUUAAUAGCUAAAGGAUGAAUGGAGCUUAUUCAAUAUACCAAUGCAUCAUAAAGAAAUUUAUGCUGAAUUAUUGAGGCAUAUUCCAAAAGAUUAAGCAGUAGGGUUUAUUCAAAAAGAAAUACAAAAAGUUAAGAAUAACUAAAGCAAUAUACAAUAAUGUAUGAUGUAUAUUGAUUAAAGAGAACAAAGUAUUUAAGAAUUAGAAGAUUGUGUCAACGAAUAUGAAUAAGUUUAAGAAACAAAACAUAGAAUCGAUAUAGUUGAAAAGAUUUCAAAGUUAUUGGUGCAUAUAAGAUAAAUUACUUUAUACGUAGUAGAGAGUAUCUGUAAGUGGAAAGAUAGUCUCUAAUUAUAUCUUUCAAGCUUUGUUGAUGAUAAAAAAUAAUCAUUUAUCAUAGCUUACAUUCAUAAUAAUGAUAAUUACCUCCUAAAAAUAUAAACAGAUUUAAUAGAAUACAGUGAUAGAAGCAUAAGCGAAUAUUUUAAUUUUUCAACUGGUAUAGAUCCUUUUCUCAUGAAUCUUACCAUCAGUGAUAACAAUAAGCCUUACCAAAUUACCCAUUUCAUUCCAAAGCUUGCAAAAAAGAGAUUAGAGCAUUUGUAGGAUAGACUCUAAAAAGAAUUGUAAUUUAGUGAAGAAAAUGAGAAACAAUAGCAACUUCUUCUUUUCAAUCCAAAUGCUACGUAGUAUUUGUCACAUAACAGUAACAGCGUAAGCAGUAGCAGCUUGAUGAAGUUAAAGAGUUUAAAGUUUAAAAGACAAACAUUAAAAACUUAAAGUUCGGCUUCUAACUCAAAUUAAUAAAUGGGAAAUGAAAAAACACCGUUAUCAAGAUUUAAUUUAAGACAAAGAUCUCUUUAGCCUUCAUUUAGUUAAAAAAAGAGGUUUGAUACUGGUAAUAGUCCAAGUGGAUCAGCCUUUAACUCUCCCUAGAAUUCAAAAAUAAAAAAUUUACCUUCUAAAUUUAACAAAACUAAAUAGCUUGAGGAAAUUUCAAUACAACCAUGUAUGCUUUCAGAAGAAUAGCUGCAUUUGUUCAUUAAAAAUUACUUCGAAGAAUUUAAAGCAAGUACUGAUGAAGAAAAUCCUUUUUUAAAAAGCUUUCCUUUUGACCAAAUUGAAGUGAUUACUGAAAUAAAAAUAUAGCAAGAGACAAAUGUAUUUUUUAUCUAUUUUAGGGACUACACCAAAAAAGGUUUGCUAAUAACUCAUAUUGAUAAAUACAAUUUUGAUGAAAGAAAACUCAUCAUAUCACAUUUCUCAAUAUAAAAUUUAAGCUUAGAAUAAGAUGCUUUCUUAUUUGAUAAAACACUUGAUCAGGUAAAGAAGUUUUUAUUCCAAAAUGAUCCAUGCUCUGAAAUAUUAAUUGCUCUAGUUACAUUCGAAAGGGAUGAUUUUAUGUUUGGAGUUAAUGAGAGAAUGGAGUCUGCUAUAAAAUAAAAUUAGUUUACUCAAGUUGAAUACCAAGACGAUUACGAUUCCCAAUUAUAUUAUUGCAAAAGACCAUAGAACUAACCUAAAAAGUAGUAGCUUCAGUAGAUCGAGCCUGUGUUCUAUGAGUUGUAGUCUUGUAUAACACUUAAAGGUGAAUAAGCUUCAGCUACUCCUCAGUCUUAAGAAAAUAACUUUAUUAAUAAUGGUUCUGUGAAUAUAGCACUUUUAUUUGAUAUCCAGAAAGGUGAACUGAAAUAAGAGAUUUAAAGUAUAGAGUGUGACUGGUAAAAAGUUUAAGAAUUUGAAAAUUUAAGUAAGGAAUAUGAAUUGAUAAAGGACAUUAAGCAUUCUGAGUACUCAACAGCAAGUGAUCUUAACGAUUACUUAAGUAGAUUAAAUAGUAUUUUUGACUAUUCUGAUAAGAUUAAGGAAAAGAAAUAAAUAUAUUACUCAAAUACAGAACAGUAUUUUAGAUGGAAUUCUUCAUAAUAAAUUUAGAUAGAUGAAUUGCCUUAUGUCAGAAUAAACUUUAUGCUAGGCUAUUCCAGUAUAUAUUAAACUAAUUCUGAGUUUAUGUACCAUCCUAUUUACUUGAUAGAAACUCAUCACACCAAUACUUUCUUCUUUAUUGUCUAAAUGGAAAAUGACUAGCAACAAAAAGACUUUGAUGGCUUAUGCAAAGAUCUAGGAGAGAGGAAAAUAGUUGUAUAAGAAUUGAAUCCAAUAGAAGAUGGAAAAAAUAUUAUAUUCCCACAAUUCUCUAUCAAAUAAAAAAGAGAAAAAAGCAUAGCUGACAAUCUUGUUAUGUAUCAGCAACUUAUAUUUUCAAAUGACUUCGAACCAUCUAUGAAAUCAAUCAAAUACAAGCCGUAUGAUUCUUAAAAAGAUAUUCUAAUAAUAAGGCCAUUUGCAUUUGGUAUGCUAAAUAUAGAUAUAUUAUAAGAAUUAAACUCAGUAUUGUUUGCUGCAGUUUAUAAAAAAUGA